GCAAUCACAUGAGAACACAUGAAACAUAAAUUAUAAUUUCUUCACAACUGUCCUGGCGAGUUCCUUCUAUAUGUACACCUGCCUUUUGCAUUCUGUGGGGGUAACGGAAUAUUUUGGAACUGAAACUGUCCAGGAACUGUAAAGUAAGGACAUUUGAAGACACGCAUGCGUGAACCAUUUCUUGAUAUUUCCUCACGUGGGGACUCGUUCAGUGUGUCAAAUCCACGCUCAAAGAAGUCGGUGCUCAACAUUAGAAGGUCUCUCACAUAAAUGGCUUUCAGGAAAUUCCUUCCCAUGUUUGACCGGGUGCUGGUGGAGCGUCUGGCUGCGGAGACUAUGUCAAAGGGGGGCAUCAUGUUGCCAGAGAAGGCCCAAGGCAAGGUUCUGCAGGCCACAGUGGUGGCAGUGGGACCAGGCUCCACAAACCAGAAAGGGAAGCUGACACCCAUGAGUGUCAAAGUUGGAGAGACGGUCCUUCUGCCAGAGUAUGGAGGAACUAAAGUCGACCUGGAAGACAAGGAAUACUUCCUAUUCCGUGAUGCUGACAUCCUUGGCAAAUAUGUAGAGUAAAAUCUGUUUCACUGUAAAACGUCCCUGUAACCCCCAUCCAUCCUGUUAGAGAAGAUUGUUGCCUCGUUCAUGUCUUAGUUUUUUUUUAAUGUUAUUCAAUUGUAAAUAAUUCUGAUCAUGUUUUGUUACAAUAAUAAAGUGGACUAUUGAAUCUG